GGGCACCCCGGCUGGAGAGACUAGGCAGUGGGAAGUGGGGGCGCUGAGGAGGGAUCGGAGGUAUCUUCUCGGGCUUUGUGAGGGGUCUUGGUGAGGAAGGGGCAGUGAGGCGGUGAUGUUAGGGCUGGAAGGCACGAAAGGGUUCCUGGGGUUGUUCUGGCGAUUCUAAGAGUGAGGGUCAGAGAAGAAAUGGGCCGGGAUGCUGGUGGCUGUAAGGAGGCAGGGCUGGGAGGCACAGCCAUCUGGAAGGAGACCUGUGCAGGGCAGACGUGGAGGGGUCAGUUGGGGGCAGGGGCUCUCUCAGAUGAGUCAACAGGAGGGACACCCUGACCAGUACACCUCCGCCCACUGAAGGAGCUGCCCUCCAGCUGUCCCAGUGGGCAAGGACACUUGAAGAUCAAAUCUGCUGUGGCCUGGCCAUCUGUCUCCAGCUGGGCAGGGGUCUGGGGCGCUGUGAGGUGCAGUCGGGUGCCUUGUACCCACCCUUGGCUGCCCCUGGGUUCUUGUGCCAGGGUGGCCUAACACCCCCCACCACCACCACCAUUCUGGGGGUGGCUCUGGAGCCAGAGCAAGGCUGUGCCAACGUGGUGACUGAAACAGGCAUUGUGUGGUCCCUGUCUGUUCCCACCGUGUUUCCAUGGUGCCAGCUGGGGAUUAGAAGGGGGGGUGCCCCUUCUCUCAAGAGUUGAGGAGAGACAGUGCCUGGCUCAGGUUACAGCUGCGUCACUGAUGGCAGGCGGGGGAAGGUGGCAGUCAGGACACGGGGCACCUGUUCCCCAAGACCUGUCUGCCUGAGCUCCUCCCGUGUAGGAAAGCCUCCAGAGCCCCCUCUCAACCCCCUGCAGCUGCCCAGCCCGGCCUGGACCCCAGUUACAGAACUGUCACAGCUGGGAAGGGCUCAGGGUAGAGUCUGGUUCCCUCGGGGUACAGCGGGGGAAGCAGACCUUCAGAAGGAUGGGGUACAGCAGGGGAAGCAGACCUUCAGAAGCAUGGUGACGUGCCUUGGGUGACAGAGUUGGAAGCAGAAGCUGGACUUAGAACCCAGGUCUCCUGACUCUAGGCCAUGGCCCCAUCCAGUCCUCCACCACCUCUUCAUCUUGAAGCCAGACCAAAGUAUUGGGCCCUGGUUCUCAACCUUGUCCACCUCACAGGAUCCAGCAAUGCCUGUGAGAAAACCUCGUUCACCUUCCUCAGGCAGGAGCUGCCAGUGCGCCUGGCCAACAUCAUGAAAGAGAUCAACCUGCUUCCCGACCGGGUGCUGAGCACACCCUCGGUGCAGCUGGUGCAGAGCUGGUAUGUCCAGAGUCUCCUGGACAUCAUGGAGUUCCUGGACAAGGACCCUGAGGACCAUCGGACCCUGAGCCAGUUCACCGACGCCCUGGUCACCAUCCGGAACCGCCACAAUGACGUGGUACCCACCAUGGCGCAGGGCGUGCUGGAGUACAAGGACGCCUACGGCGACGACCCGGUCUCCAACCAGAACAUCCAGUACUUCCUGGACCGCUUCUACCUCAGCCGCAUCUCCAUCCGCAUGCUCAUCAACCAGCACACCCUGAUCUUUGAUGGCAGCACGAACCCAGCCCACCCUAAACACAUUGGCAGCAUUGACCCCAACUGCAACGUCUCUGAGGUGGUGAAAGAUGCCUACGACAUGGCCAAGCUUCUGUGUGACAAGUAUUACAUGGCCUCACCUGACCUGGAGAUCCAGGAGAUCAAUGCAUCCAACGCCAAACAGCCAAUUCACAUGGUCUAUGUCCCCUCCCACCUCUACCACAUGCUGUUUGAACUCUUCAAGAACGCCAUGCGAGCAACUGUGGAAAGCCAUGAAUCCAGCCUCACUCUCCCAUCUAUCAAGGUCAUGGUGGCCUUGGGCGAGGAAGAUCUUUCCAUCAAAAUGAGUGAUCGAGGUGGAGGUGUCCCCUUGAGGAAGAUCGAGCGACUCUUUAGCUACAUGUACUCCACAGCCCCCACGCCCCAGCUUGGCACUGGGGGCACCCCACUGGCUGGCUUUGGGUAUGGACUCCCCAUUUCGCGCCUCUAUGCCAAGUACUUCCAGGGGGACCUGCAGCUCUUCUCCAUGGAGGGCUUUGGGACUGAUGCUGUCAUCUAUCUCAAGGCCUUGUCCACGGACUCAGUGGAGCGCCUGCCCGUCUACAACAAGUCAGCCUGGCGCCACUACCAGACCAUCCAGGAGGCCGGCGACUGGUGUGUGCCCAGCACGGAGCCCAAGAACACGUCCACGUACCGUGUCAGCUAAGGGGCCACCCCGCUCAUCCGCACCCAAGAAGAGGGACUGCUGUCUCUGGGUCCGGCCACCACGGUGACCCUCCCCAUCUCCCCGCCAGAUGAGGGGGAGGCUCCCCUGAUGACCAGCUUCUGUCUCUAUGGAAAUCACUGCAGUGACCAGUCUGUGGUGGCCCCAAAGUGCCAAUCUCUGUCUCCAUGGAGACCCUUAGGUAGUCUCCCUGGGUCCAAGCUCUGUGGGCAAUGCCUGAGGAUCGGGGGAUGUCUCCACCCUGAUGGAAUAUCCCAGAAAUAAGUUUCCAUGGCAGUCCUCCUCUCUGAGCCCAGAGCUGCCACUUUCUCUGCCAAGGGUCCUAGGACCCCCUCACUGCCACUCACAGCCCUGGCUUUCCAAGUAGACACCCCCUGCUCGCCUUAUUCCUCCGGCCUGUGCCAGUACCCUGGGCCUGGUCUGGUGUCCGUGUUAGGAGGGGGCCAGGUGUCCGCCAGAUGUGGGGUAGUGGGAGGGGACCCCCCUGGUCAGGGACCUAGUCCUGCAGUCUGGCCUUCCACUCUUGAGUUUAAGGUCAAAGUUAAAAGGGAGGGGCUUCUCACCUGGGGCUUACUCCCAAAGCCCAGGAACCCCGGGAGGCCCCAGCUCUUCCCUGCAUGUCCUCACAUGCACACACCUGCCUGCCACACACGGUCCCCACCUGACCUCCAGACCCCGACUCCCACUGUGCCCAGACACGCGUGUGCUUGGGCCACCUUUCUCCCUAGAAUGUUCUGUGUACAUAGCUAGUUUUUUAGCCCUGAAUGCCCACCCCCCCACCCAACCCUUCCCCUGAGCACACAGGGGGUUAAAGUCGUGUGCUCCUCCCAGUGGCUGUGACAGUGGUGACAUCCACAGUAAAGAGGACAUCAAAUGAG